GGCAGAUUCCACUAACCACAGAGGGGGAGAUUCCCGUUUGAGCCGAGACCCCGCGUCACACUGAAGAACUGCGGCCAGCCGGAGUGUGCUGAAUGGUGUAGCAUCAACACUGUCUAUGAGGGCGGGGUCCGGCUGCGCUGAUACCCCUUGCAGCGAGAGAGAGCGGGAGAUAGAGGGAGAUAAGAGAAGAGGACAGAGGGAGAGAUUGUACCAGGAGAGGAAGACGACACGGGAUGAAAGGAGACACUCCUGUGAAUAGCACCAUGAGCGUGGGUCAGGCAAGGAAGCUAGUGGAACAACUGAAGAUUGAAGCCAGUAUGUGCCGGAUCAAGGUGUCCAAGGCUGCCGCAGACUUGAUGGCGUACUGUGAUGCCCAUGCGUGUGAGGAUCCUCUCAUCACCCCUGUGCCGACGUCCGAAAACCCCUUCAGGGAGAAGAAGUUCUUCUGCGCCCUGCUCUGAGAGACAGAUAAAUGCACAUCUACAGACACAGCUCCACACCGAUGCAGCAGCUCAAAGCGGACAUGGGGUCACUCGUUCAUUUAAAAUACACAUCUACAGACACAGCUCCACACCGAUGCAGCAGCUCAAAGCAGACAUGGGGUCACUCGUUCAUUUAAAAUACACAUUUACAGACACAGCAUCACACCGAUGCAGCAUCUCAAAGCAGACAUGGGGUCACUCGUUCAUUUCAAAUACACAUUUACAGACACAGCACCACUCGUUUACAUCUACAGACACAACACCACACUGAUGCAGUAGCUGAAAGCAGACAUGGGGUCACUCGUUCAUUUAAAAUACACAUCUACAGACACAGCACCACACCGAUGCAGCAGCUGAAAGCAGACAUGGGGUCACUCGUUCAUUUAAAAUACACAUCUACAGACAGCACCAGACAGAUGCAGCAGCUCAAAGCAGACAUGGGGUCACUCGUUCAUUUAAAAUACACAUUUACAGACACAGCACCACUCGUUUACAUCUACAGACACAACACCAGACAGAUGCAGCAGCUCAAAGCAGACAUGGGGUCACUCGUUCAUUUAAAAAAGAGAAAAAUCUGAAGGGGAUUCUGGGGCUGAUGGGCACACAGAAAUGUUUGUAUAAUUAUUUGCAACUUUGAUACUAUGUGCACACAGGUUCAACAUAAUUUAGCCAAAUAUUAUUUUAACAUUUUUAUUUUGUCAACAGUUUUCAAUUGCAAACAAAAAAUACUUUAAAUACUUCCGAGCUGUUGCAGCUAGCAUAUAGUACCUUAAUUUUUUUUUGUUUUGCAAGACCAAAAGACUCACAGAAUGACUAUGAGUGAAUGCACAGCAAGACAACACUAUUGAAAGUUAAAAAAAGAAAUGCAAAAUAUAAUUGGGAAAAAUAUGGAAAUAAUCAGGAUUGGCAUAGUCAUCCAGAUUCAAACAUUCCAUGAGAAAAACACAACUCUUUCUCAAGAGUCUUGCUGCGACAAUCGGCAUCACAUCUUUAUACCAAACUGAAAUGGACUGAAUUUAUGCAGUAGGCGUGAGUGUGUGGAGGAGGGCCAAGGAUAGAUGAGGGGACAGAGUGAGUGUUUUGGUAAAGCAUUUGUUAUGGAAAAUAUAUGAUAAUAAACACUCCAGUAACCACAA